UAUAUAUAUACUAUACUAUAUACUAUGUAUACUAUAUUAUCCAUUAAUGGUUGAUAAUCAACUAAACAACAAUUUCUAGGUUUCUACAUUAGAUAUAAAGUUUUAUAUUCUUUAUAGCAAUGUAAUAUCAAGAAUAAAAGAAUUACAAAUUUGAGUACAUUUUCAUAGUCCCAUACAAUCAACCAAUACAGUCUUCAUUCUUUAUUUAAAGCAUGCAGCAUAUAUACAUACAUAUAUUUACAAUAUGCGUUAUUAAUUGUGGAUGAAAGAGAUUUUUAAUCUUUAAUCGUUUGGAAAUAAAGCUACAAUCGAAAUUUCUUUAUUCUUAAUUUUUGUCUGUUUAUUAUAUUCAACUUGCGUAUGUAAUUAACGCUACAGGCUCUAUAUUCACUUCUAAAAUGGUGUGUACAUAUACAUACAUGCACUUUUGCACGUAUGCGCGUAGAAAUUUCUAAUAAAAACACCGCAGCUGCGUGUUGCAUCCCUUCCCUUGUGAAAUACUCUGUGGUUGUCAGUGGGCCCAGUGUUGACCGUUUUUGGUCGCACAGGUGUAGUGUCGAACGUCUGGAUCAAGAGCUCGAAGUCUUUCAAGGCUCCUUGCAAACGCUAAAAGUUGAUCAAAGUAAAUUUCAGGAGUCUGGAUCGUGCCUUGAUAAAAUUAAUCCUGCCAUGAACGGCAAUGAAAUUCUUGUACCAUUGACUGGACCAAUGUAUGUUACUGGGAAAUUAGCGGAUACAAAUAAUGUAUUAGAGGACAUUGGAACAGGAUAUUUUUCCGAGAAGAGUGUCGCCGAAGCAAAAGAUUAUUUCGAUAGAAGAGUUGCUUAUGUUACGUUGCUUAUGUUACAUUAUGAUACACUUAACAGUACUGCAAACGUAAUGGUGUGAGUAAGAUAAAUUAAUUAUACGCAUAUAGAAAAACAUUACUAAUUAUUAAUUACUAAUAAUAACAUUACUAACCUUCGUUUUAAAAGUAUGUUCGUUAAUAUACUUAUAAUAACAGUAAUAUAUUUAGCAAAUAAUGUUGGAUAUAAUUUAUGUAUACAAUAUAUAUAUACGAUAUUAAAUGAAUGUAUAUCUAGAAAAUAUUGAGAAAUUGGCCACGAGUUCUAAGAGGCUAUCGUUACAAAUUUAAA